AUGACUUCAACGGAGAUGGCUAUCUUGAUAUCGUGGCUUCGAAUUCUGCUGAUAAUACAGCCAGCUGGUGUUGCUGUGGGGGACUUGAACACAGAUGGCUUUCUUGAUAUUGUGGUUGUGAACCAGCUUGGUAACUCAAUAAGCAUCUUGAUUGGGAAUGGGCUAGGCAGCUUUCAGCCACAGCCUGAGAUACCCUUACCUGUGCAGUACAAUCCAUUGGAUGUUGCAGUUGGUUACUUUAACGGAGAUGGCGAUCUUGAUAUUGUGGUUACAAAUCCUAGCUUUGGGAGAGUGACUGUCUUAUAUGGGACUGGAUCUGGGAGUUUCCAGCAGGUCCCAUUCCAAGCAGGGUUCACGCCAUCCCGUGUCGCAGUUGGUGACCUUAAUGCAGAUGGCCUACUUGAUAUUGUGACUGUCGAUCUCAGUGGCAAUUCGGUCACAUACCCUGUAGGGAGUAGGCCGCUUGGUGUUGCGGUGGGCGAUUUCAACAGUGAUGGGUAUCUUGAUAUUGUCACUUCUAAUGCCGAUGACAGUACAGUUAGUGUCUUGCUUAAUACUGGAUCAGGAAGCUUUCAGCAACAGACUACAUUUUCUGUGGGAUCUGCUCCAUAUGGUGUUGCCGUGGGAGAUUUUGACGAAGAUGGCAAUCUGGAUAUUGUAGCUACGAAUGUUGACGACAACACAGUGAGCGUCUUGCUCGGAACUGGAUCGGGAAGCUUUCAACAGCAGGUCAUAUUCCCUGUCGGAACCAGGCCACAGCGUGUUGCAGUGGGCGACCUCAAUGGAGAUGGCCAGCUUGAUAUUGUGACCACAAAUUUUGGCGACAAUACACUGAGUAUCUUGUUUGGGAAAUCUUGCGACUCAUAG